AGGUAAAGCAAAAUGACCCAGAGAAAGGGCCCAUAGGUUUGAGGAAAGACACCAGCCAGGAGCCAGGCACUAUUUGUCCGCCAUUCGGCAAGAGCGUCCCCAACGAAUGGCACCCAGGGGGCGCCACGCAGGCUGGGCAGCUAAGCGCCCGAUGGAGGGCGCCAUUGUGGAGGAACCUAGCGGCGCAAUGGAGCCCUGGUCCUGGGCAGGGGUCGGUGGGCAAGGCCCUCAGGGUCCCCGUGUGCCCGGGGUCUCUCACAGCCGCACCCGUGCCUGCGCCCUUCUGCUGCUGCUGCUGCUGCUGCUCCUGCCUCGGUGGCCGGCAGGCUGCUUGGCCACAGGCGAAUCCCCCGGGGCGCUGUCCACCACAGUCCCGACCGACCCUGGAGUCUCCUGUGGCCCCAGAGCCACCUGUCCCUCAGGCAGGCUUCGCCUUCCCCGGCAGGCCAACACUCCAGGGACCACCGCUCCACCAACACCAUCACCGACGACUACGGCGGCCGCUCUGGUGAGGACUGCCGGGUCCGUUCGUAAGAUGAAACCCAGCCAGUUCCGCUUCUGUGGUUCCUCCCAUGAGCCGGACCCUACUCUCAGGGACCCAGAAGCCAUGACUCGGCGGUGGCCAUGGAUGGUCAGUGUGCAGGCUAACGGCAUGCAUAUCUGUGCUGGCACCCUUAUUGCUUCCCAGUGGGUGCUGACCGUGGCCCACUGCUUGACCCUGCCUCAUGUUAACUACACAGUGAGGGUGGGGAGUCCAUGGGUUAACCAGACCACAGCCACCAGCACCGAUGUUCCAGUACAUCAGAUCAUCAUAAACAGACGCUACCAAGCCAGGCGGUACUGGUCUUGGGUUGGCCGGGCCAAUGACAUCAGCCUCCUCAAACUCCAGUGGGGGCUCAAGUACAGCAAAUAUGUGUGGCCCAUCUGCCUGCCUGGCCUGGAAUACGUGUUGGAGGACAGUUCUGUCUGCACCGUGACAGGCUGGGGAUAUCCCAAGGUUAAUGACAGGUGGCCCCAGUUCCAAUCCCUUCAGGAGAAGGAAGUCUCCAUCAUGAACAGCAGGAAAUGUGAGCAAUUCUACCACAAGUUCUCCAAGAUCCCCUCUCUGGUUCGGAUCAUCAACUCUCAGAUGAUCUGUGCCUCGGACAACAACAGGGAGAAGUUCUGCUAUGAGCUAACCGGCGAGCCCUUGGUCUGCUCUUCGGAUAGCAGCACAUGGUACCUGGUGGGAAUGAUGAGCUGGGGCCCAGGCUGCAAGAAGAACGAGGCUCCGCCCAUCUUUCUGCAGGUCUCCACCUUCCAGCCGUGGAUCUGGAACCACCUUAGCGGGGAUGCCCUGGCCCUGGCAGCCCCUGCCAGGACCUCGCUCCUGGCUGUCCUUCUGCUCCUCGGCCUUCUUGGCACUCUGUGAUACUGCCGGGGCUCCUUCCCUUCCUACAGAGUGCCGCUGUGGGCGUGGCAAUCAGCGGGGACUAGCAGAGAUUAAACACUUCUGUUUCCCA